GGAACCAGCGCAGGCCAUCCAAGCCCCGGGAGCCAGCUGACAGCCCGCCAUGGCGGACAGCUUGAGGAGGUUGGUCCGCGCGGAGAGCGGCCGGGUGCUGCAGGAGAAGCUGGAGAACUGGUACCGGAAUUACGAGUUUAAUUCCUGUGAUCAAAAUCUGAACCGAUGCUGUGAAAUAUUAGAACUGAGCUCUGAGAUUCAAGGGCAGCUCUUCGCAAUCCUCAAUGAAACAUCUCGAGAAGGUGGGCAAUAUGCAGGUGUGGAAACAAUCAAAACUCGUCUCCUGCCACGACUAACACCUUGUUUUAGCUGCUCAUCAGGAAGGAUCUUUGAAACCACUCUCACUGAGGAUUUAACUGAGAAAGAGAGGCAGCUGAGAGAGCUGGCCAGCAAUCAGAAUGUUCAACUGCAAGAGCUUCGGAAGGAACUGACUUCAACUCGUCUAAAGCUCAACCGAGUGCAACAAGAUCUGAAGCUUUCCCGUGCCCAAGAGAAGGAUGCCCAGAAGAAGUUAGAUCGUCUGAACGACUAUGAGCAUCAGAUUCAAAUGCUGAAGGAUAAGAUUUCUAGCCUGGGUGCCGAGAGGUCUUUUCACCAAAGCAGGCUUGCACAGAGGCGCUCUCCUUCCCCAAGGCACAGAGAGAACAAGUCACUCAGUCCAUUUCCCCUGAGGAGCCACUCACCUGGCCGAGCCAGGCGCACAAACGCUUCCCGGCGUGCUUGCUUGAUAACUCGCUUUAGUGACAUUUAUGAUCAUAGACGCUUGGACGCAGAGACCUUUUUAAAGGCAUACAUCAGUGACGUGGAGAUGGUACACAGGAUAAUAUACACUGCAGCUGUGGAGUCUUUUCAUGCAGCAAAGAUGGCCUACAGGCAGUUCAAACUACGUGUAACAGAGACUCUGUCUCUCAGUCACACAGGACCUGAAUCACUUGAAGAUACUGUCCUAGAUUAUAUAGUUGACCAUGAGGAUCUGUAUGAUGUUCAAGCCAGUGUCAAUGAAGUAAUUCGCUCCAUGAACAUCAACCCAAAGAUUUCAUUUCCAUCAGAAACUGAUUUCAUUGUGAUCAGCGCUUUGAUUCGAGAGUUGUGCCAUGUGGCUUUUUCAAUGCAGACACUUGUUCCUCCUCUUGAUGUUGCCUUUGGGAUUGAUGGAGAACUUUUCAGUGAGACCAAGUACCAUCGUAGUUUUGACUCUGAUUUUACAGCUGCCUUGGUGGCCUAUCAUGUAUGGCCUGCACUGAUGGAAAAUGAUAUUGUUAUUGUGAAGGGAGAAGCAGUCACUAAGAGAGGAGCUCUGUGGUCUUGCAGAAGUAGAAGCAGAAACACAAACAGAAGCCGAAGCUGCAGUCGAAGCCGUAGCACCAGUCCUCUUCUAGCUCAUCAUUUGUCUCGAAGCCGCAAUCCUUCACCACUGAGGAACAGAUGCCCAAGGUGUUAACUGAAUAUGUUCCUAUGAUGCAGUACAUCCAGAUCCAACAACUUCACUGGUGCCUUCUCUCUUCAAGAAUACCUCAAAUCUCACAAUAAUGUGAACAGCAAUUAUCACUCCAAAUGGAGUUUGUGUUCAGUGUGUUUUUUAGAGUUAUAGGAGGCUUAUUUAUUAUUUUAUAAACUAUUUUAAUGCUUCUGAUAAAAAAAAAAAGGUGCAUGCAGUACAAGAUCAUACAGAUUUGGCAAAAUUUGCAGAGCACUGAGGAACCCACGCUGUAGUUCUGCAUAUGGAGAUAGAAUUACUGCAUCUAGAAUGUUUUAUUAACACAGAUAGCAGAUGAUACGGUUUAUCUUGAUGAAUGUUUAAUAUAGCCUAAAUCAUUGAUGAUCUUAAAGGUCUUUUCCAACCUAGCUGAUUCUGUGAUUCUAUGAAUGUUGCCGUGUUGAAGUUUGAAAACAAUUCCAUUAAUUGGUGCUUAUUUACGAUCGUAGAAAAUAGCAAUAAUCUGAAGAUGUGCCAGUUUCACACAGCAUCCUUUUAAAUAUGUCCUUGCAGGAAACUGGAUUUUCUGACUGCAAUGUGAAAGUUGCACAGAACAGUACUCUAGCAAUCCCUUCAGUUUUACUGACACUUGUUUAUGAAGGCAUGGGAGUGUGCAUUUGGAAAGCCUUGUUAAAUACAUUGUUACAUAGAAAUGGAUAUCAUACAAAUUUAUAGUUUGCAAUUUGAAGUUUUUUGAAAAUGUGCCACUUAUUAUUUGUAAGCUUGAAAUAUUUGCUUGGUUUGGCCUAUUUGGUAUAAAUUUUAUUGGACUUUCAUACCAGAGAUAGAUUAGUAAUUCUUGUGAACAGUGAAAAAAUCUUGUUCAGUUAUAUCAUCCUCUGGGUGCUUAUUACAUUUUAAGUGUGAAAAUGAGACCUGUAUAGAUUUUAUUCUGGCACUUUAAAUAGUUGUGGUUUUCUUUUUCUUCCAUUGUAAAUGUUUGUUUUAAUAUCAGCAUUUUUGUUUUCAAGAGAACUGAUACUGUUUUUCUCAGAGCUUCACCUGUAGGGCCAACUUUAAAUACAAGCCACACAAGUGGCUCUCUGGGGCCUUAUUCUUUUGCACAGAAACAUAGGUUUUGUCAUAACCAAGGUGAUGUGUAAUUCACGAACUCCACUGUCUCAUUCCAGUUAAUAACUGAUGCUUCAAAGGUAUGUGGAGCUUUCCUCAGAUUCAUCUCUGCAGUUUUGGAAUAUGAACAAUCAGAGGAGGACUAUUUAGUCCUUGAAAUAAAGUUACAGGAGCAGAUUUCUGUGAUCCUUUUCAGGGAUCUUAUGCAGAUUUACACAUCCAUGCUCUUUCUCUCUACUUUUUGUGUGGCUUAAGACUUUAGCACGAGGCUUUUUGCACAGGAUCAUAUUUCAGGCAGACUUUAACAUCCGUCCCUAUGAGCCAUGGGUCAGCUGUGACUCUAGCUGUACGGAUGAAUUUUCAUUGGAAUUAAGCCCAUUAGGAACUGAUGAGAGGAAAAUUAGGAAUAAAUUCUUUACUGUGGGGGUGGUGAGGCACUGGAACAGUUUGCCUCAGGAAGUUGUGGGUGUCCCAUCCCUGGAAGUGUUCAAGGCCAGGCUGGAUGGGGCUUUGAGUAACCUGGUCUAGUGGGAAGUGCCUCUGCCCAUGGCAGAGAGGUUGGAGUUGGAUGAUCUUUAAAGUCGAAGCAUCUUCCAACCCAAACCAUUCUGUGGUUCUGUGCCCAUGAGGUCCUGUACAUAAAGAUUCAUUCACAGAGCUGCUGCUUUCAGAAAGGGGACACAAAGGCACAUGCACCUUAUGGUAUACUUUCUUGUUGUCUAACUCAUAAGUGAAAAUGCAAAGCAAUGUAUUUCCUCUUAUAAGAGCCUGAUUGUUGGUCACAGAUAUGGGUCUGAGCUUUGAAGUAAACCUGCAUAUUUCUGCACUGAUCUCAUGACUAAAACCAUCACAGUUCUGGAAAAACUGAUCACCUACAACUUGUGUGGCAACAGAAGAAAAUUUAUAUCCUGAGUAUGGUUUUGAACAGAAAAAUGAAGAAUUUAUCAGAAUUUUAUAAUUGCCAAGGGCUAAGUGGGUGUAGGGUUUUUAAAAAUUACCUUUUGUAUGUUUGUCUUCUGCAUGUAGUUCCAAAGACAUGUCUGUGUAAUGAUUUUGAGUUCGAGUCAGUUUCCAUACCAACUAUAAGAAAACUAAGACUACAUCAAGGCAGUAUGUUUUUCUUGACAAGCAUGAGAGGCAGGGUAGUUCCAGACUUGCACACAGCUGUGAUGCCACUAGGAACUAGUAUUCCUAAAGAUUUAAAAGUGCCAUAAAAGCUGAAUUCUCAGUGCUUGGCAGACCAACUCAUCUUACUUCCCAACAGGUACCUGGAGAACGAGUCAGUUCAUGCUUCAGAGCAGAGCAAACCAUUUUCGGUAAAAUAGGAAGUCACUCCACAACAUGGUAACACUUAAUUGGGUGAACAAACCUUACCAUACUCUGUACUCUGCAGCCCAUAGUCUUUUUAUAGGAAUAUACUGGUUUGUAGUGGUUUCCCUUUGUGGCUUAUAUAGAGCUAAUUAAAUCUAUAGGUCAGAUAGAAGAUUGCUUUUGGUGUCAAGUUAGAUGCUAACAGCUCCUGUGCUUCUUUUUAUCCACACGACAACAGUGCAGAACAUUUAUACCAACAAAGAUUAUAUGGAAUUAACCAGCAAAUGCAAAAUAACUUAUAAAAAGGGGCUUCUGUAAUUGCUUGAAAGACCCUAUAAAAGAAUGGAUCAUGAAUGUGAAACUGAUGAUUGAUAUUUUAGUGAGAGUUUUUAAAACCUUAAGAAUUAUUUUCUUUCUGGGUUUUUUUUUUUUCUUCUCUGUAUCAAAGCCUGGAUAAUACCACAUUGUAAAUACAGCGAAGUAGAAACUGUAAGGGUGGAUUCCAGUAAGUGACAAAUAAAAAAGGCAGCAAAAAACUAUUACAGGAUAGUUUUUGAUCAUGAUAAUGCUGUUCUAAGUGUUAAUUUCAGGAAGAAGAAUGCUAGAUUUUAAGCUAAUUUAAACUCUUUGCAAAUGGACAGAUGGAAGUGAGACUUUUGCACUUCAUAAAAAGCCACCACCUUUGGGCCAGGUGUUCAUGUAGAACAGCACAUUUUUGUGAGGGAUUUUGAGAUUGCUGGAGAAUUUCUCCUGUGUUUAAGCUCUUUGAAGGCUGAUUGUAUCUGUCUCGAUUCAAAGGCUGUCUGAGUCAGUCAAAAUGUGUGGAUGUUUUGUCACCUAUUUCUGGAGAAAAUACAAUGUCAUCAAAAUGUCUUCAGUUGUCUUCAGUGUUUGCAGCUCAAUAAUAGACCCAUGCAGAACUGGCAGAGACUGUGGGUAAACAGUUCAGCUAUUUUUGCUACUGCACAAUGAAGAUUUAAAGUUGGAAUCAAUUUAGAUAGAUUCUUCCAGCAUCCUGAUCAGAGAAAGAAAGUUGGGAGCAGGAGGCUGGUGAAGUUCUCCAAUCUAAUCUCUCCAGCAGUUAGCUUUGGUGCUGAUUCAGUCUUGUAGGAGGCUCUGGAGGUUAGUGGCAAGCUAAACCAAAAAUACUGUAAAGAAAGUAAAUGUGAAGGCAAAAAAAAAAAUCACAGUGUUCCCUGGAAAACAUGUGCCUGUAUUUCUUCCAGGAUUUGAGCCUUUUAACUUUACCUUCGUAUUCUAUGUGCGUACUGCAAAACUUUGUCAUUCUGUAGGAGUGCCAUCAGAAUUAAAUAUUGCCUUUCAGCUUUAUGCAGCCUUUGUCAGCUGAUUGUUAACUACACAAUGAUUUUGUUACUGUAGUAUUAAAUAGUCUAGCUUUAUGUUAAAUAAAAAUCUCUUCAUUAUG